AUAUGCCGGAAGCUGUGCAGACUCAAGACCAACCAAUGGAGGAGGAGGUGGAGACCUUUGCCUUUCAGGCUGAGAUAGCUCAGCUGAUGUCCCUGAUCAUUAACACUUUCUAUUCCAACAAAGAAAUCUUUCUAAGGGAGCUGAUUUCCAAUUCCUCAGAUGCGCUGGACAAGAUCAGAUAUGAAAGCUUGACUGACCCAAGCAAGCUGGAUUCUGGAAAAGAUUUGAAAAUUAACCUUAUUCCCAACAAGCAUGAUCGUACCCUGACCAUUGUGGAUACUGGCAUAGGGAUGACUAAGGCUGACCUAGUGAACAACCUUGGUACUAUUGCCAAGUCUGGCACCAAAGCCUUCAUGGAGGCACUGCAGGCAGGUGCUGAUAUAUCUAUGAUUGGCCAGUUUGGUGUUGGUUUUUACUCUGCCUACUUGGUUGCUGAGAAAGUGACAGUGAUCACAAAGCAUAAUGAUGAUGAGCAGUAUGCUUGGGAGUCUUCAGCUGGGGGAUCCUUCACUGUCAGGCUUGAUAAUGGGGAACCUCUGGGCCGUGGCACUAAGGUUAUUCUACACCUUAAGGAGGAUCAGACUGAGUAUUUGGAGGAAAGGCGAAUCAAGGAAAUUGUGAAGAAGCAUUCUCAAUUCAUUGGCUAUCCAAUCACGCUCUUUGUGGAGAAAGAACGUGAUAAGGAAGUGAGUGAUGAUGAAGCAGAAGAAAAGGAGGAAGAAAAAGAGGAAAAGGAAGAGAAAACAGAAGACAAACCAGAGAUUGAGGAUGUUGGCUCUGAUGAAGAGGAAGAAAAGAAAGAUGGAGACAAGAAGAAGAAAAAGAAGAUCAAGGAAAAAUACAUUGAUCAGGAAGAGCUGAACAAGACCAAGCCCAUUUGGACCCGGAACCCAGAUGACAUCACCAAUGAGGAAUAUGGAGAAUUCUACAAAAGUCUGACCAAUGACUGGGAAGAUCACUUGGCAGUGAAACACUUCUCUGUGGAAGGGCAGCUGGAAUUCAGAGCUCUCCUGUUUGUUCCAAGACGUGCACCAUUCGAUCUCUUUGAGAACAGAAAGAAAAAGAACAACAUUAAGCUAUAUGUGCGCAGAGUAUUCAUCAUGGACAACUGUGAGGAGCUGAUCCCUGAAUAUCUGAACUUCAUGAGGGGGGUUGUGGAUUCUGAGGAUCUUCCUCUGAACAUUUCCCGUGAAAUGCUGCAGCAGAGCAAGAUUUUGAAAGUCAUCAGAAAGAACUUGGUGAAGAAGUGCUUGGAACUCUUCACUGAGUUGGCAGAAGACAAGGAGAACUACAAGAAGUUCUAUGAACAAUUUUCCAAGAACAUUAAGCUUGGCAUACAUGAAGACUCCCAGAAUCGCAAGAAACUCUCAGAACUGUUGAGAUACUACACUUCUGCAUCUGGUGAUGAGAUGGUUUCUCUGAAAGAUUAUUGCACACGGAUGAAGGAAAACCAGAAACACAUCUAUUACAUAACAGGUGAAACCAAAGACCAGGUAGCCAACUCUGCUUUUGUGGAGCGCCUUCGCAAACAUGGUCUGGAGGUAAUCUACAUGAUUGAACCUAUUGAUGAGUACUGUGUGCAGCAGCUAAAAGAAUUUGAGGGCAAGACCCUGGUCUCUGUAACAAAAGAGGGUUUGGAGCUCCCAGAGGAUGAAGAGGAGAAGAAGAAACAGGAAGAGAAAAAGGCCAAAUUUGAAAACCUCUGUAAAAUCAUGAAAGAUAUUCUUGAGAAGAAAGUGGAGAAGGUUGUUGUCUCCAACCGACUGGUCACUUCACCAUGCUGCAUUGUAACAAGUACAUAUGGUUGGACUGCCAACAUGGAAAGGAUCAUGAAGGCACAGGCCUUGAGAGACAACUCCACAAUGGGCUACAUGGCAGCAAAGAAACACCUCGAGAUAAACCCUGAUCAUUCCAUCAUUGAAACACUGAGGCAGAAAGCAGAGGCAGACAAGAAUGAUAAGUCUGUGAAGGAUCUGGUCAUUCUGUUGUACGAAACUGCGCUUCUGUCUUCUGGCUUCAGUUUGGAGGAUCCCCAGACUCAUGCCAACCGUAUUUAUAGAAUGAUCAAACUUGGCCUAGGUAUUGAUGAAGAUGAUGCUGCUACAGAAGAGGCGAGUCCUGCAGUCACUGAAGAGAUGCCGCCACUUGAAGGAGAUGAUGACACAUCGCGCAUGGAAGAAGUGGAUUAAAUAGUCAUCUAGUUUACAGAAACUUGUGAAUGUUUCAUUGGCUGAUGAAUAAGUUAUAUUUUGUAUAUUAUGAAUGUUACCUGCCAAAAAACCUGGUACUCUGUCUGCAUUCCCUCUUUAUAUUUAUUUUCAAAGAUGUUAUGCCUUUAUUUUUGUUACAUUUGCUUUUUCAGCUAAUGUGAGAGAGAAUGCCACCGAGGGAAUGUUUUGGGGUUUUUUCUUUUUUUUUUCUCCCCCCUUUUAAUAUUGUACAACCCUAGACAGGCAAGCAAGGAGUAAUUAUUUUUGUCUGUAUUAGCUGGCUGCAGGUUGGCAGGGUUUUUGACUUAUUCUAAUUGCCAGAAAUUUGGAGAAAGAAGUAACUUAGACAUGGCAUAACAUCUGGAUGUUGUAAUAUAACAUUAUACAGCUCUUCAUUCUAUAUGUAUCUAACAUUCAGUACCUAGUAACUAGGUAUCUACAAGAGCUGAAGAUUCUUGGAAGCUUUAACCUUGCUCCUAAUUGUUUCAAGGUUGUCUUGAUGUUAACUUCUUGGGUUUUUUAUACUGUAUAAGGAUUCUGGAUUGCACUAUCAUAGGAUAGAAUCCACUUGUAAAUCUUGUGUCUUAUGCAACUCUGCAUGUGCAGUUCAACCCUAGAACUGUAAGAAUAAAAGUGUUAUGAAUGAA